UCGGUGCCCUCUCUAGGGACUCAAUGCCUGAAACCCCCUCUCCCAAGGAACGGUUCCAAUUUGGAGGUCGUCAAUUGGGACGGUCAGCCAAUUGAGUUUCAUGCUGAAUUGGAAUAUCGAUGCCAAGGAGGGGCAAAGUUUCAAGACGAUUUUCAUCAGAACUCGGUGAGAGCCACGUGUCGUCCUGAAAAUAUAUGGGAAAUUCCAAAGCCGGAAUGGCCACAAUGUGUGGAAACAAAAUUUUGUCCCCAUCCUCCGUCUCCGCCGGUCAAUGGAAAAAUCCUAAUAAGAAACAAUGGCCUCUUAUUUGGUCAUGUUUGCCAAGGAUCUAAUAGGUCCUUCGUUCCCAUGAUUGGCUCUGGAUGUAAUAAUCCGGAAAUUAGACUCAGAUCCACGUACGAACAAGGCUAUUUCCCUAAUAAGCGAAUCUACUAUUCGUAUGAUAUCAAAGUACGAUCGGUCAAACCUGGGGAAUGGAUCGCUUCUUGGUUGAUAUUCUCCCAACCUGUUUCCACAAGUUCGGUGAAAAUCUCCAGCCAGUUUGCAAACCAACUAAACGAAACCUCGAGCCAAAACAUGUUGUACUUAGAGGUGGAACUUUCACCAUACGCAAGCAAUGCGGAUAAUCUCAUUGUCAUCAUUAUUUCCUCGGAGUUUGACGCUCAAGUUCCUUGUCUCAUUUCGCACACUUGUUCAGUUUGCGAGCAAAAAGCGGAAUGCUCCUUGAAAGAGAGACAGUUUCAGGAAGACCUUUAUGACCAGCAAAGUCUGACCAAGUAUGGAACCUUGUUGGAGUAUGAGUGUGGCCUUGGAAAGGCCUUUAAGGUUGACAAUGUCAGCACCAUUCCGUCUCAGUUUAUUGAAUGCCAAUGGAACGGGACCUGGUCACCCACAAAUCAAAUUUACCCUUGCCAUUGGGUGGCUUGUAUUGACCCACCCAAACCGUUGACCAGGUACAAUCUUGUUGUUGAUUACGUUGAGGGAAGUGUUGUGGAUUUUGGCGACUCUGUUCACUAUCGAUGUCGAGAGGGGUUUUAUUUUGCUGAAGAUUUCUACUUGGACAACUUCACCUCCAUUUGUUAUUCCAAUGGAACAUGGUCCUCCCCGAAAUGGAAAGAUUGCCUCGACCCUCUGACUCGUUAUUGUCCGGAUCCUCCAGAUACCUCAAAGAAGGGUGGCAAAUCAGACUGGAAUCCAGUUCUUGCAGGAAGAACACCAUUCAAUACAGUUGUUAAGUACUCGUGUCAAACUGCACGAAAGUUGCAAAGAAAUUUAUCGAAUGGAACAACGGAACUGUAUGAAGAACAACAUUUACGCUGCGAAUGGAACCAAACUUGGUCACCAAGUUCACAAGUCGAUGAGUGCAUUUGGUAUCAAUGUCUUGACCCGCCAACUCCAUCCGGAAGGGACCUUAUUCCUUUGUGGAACGGAUAUCCUUUAGAAUUCAAUGAAACCGUCGAAUAUGUUUGUGCCCAUGAAGGACUUUGGUUCGAGAAUGAUUAUGAUCAGCAAAGCUUUGAUGUCAAGUGCUUAAAAGAUGGAUCAUUUGACCAACCGGAAGAAUGGCCUUAUUGUGUUCGAACGGUUUUCUGUGGGACACCCCCUUCCAAGCCCCGUGGAGGAACUUGGAUUUGGAAUGGAGAGACCUCAUACGGCACUGAAAUUGAGUACACCUGUGGUCAAUAUGCUCAAUUUCUCGAUCCCACGACAAAUGCCAGCUACGACGUCACACGCCUUCAGUGUUUGUGGUCCAAGAAAUGGAGCCAAGAGACGUUGGAUCAUUGUGUUUGGUCAUCUUGCAAUCUAAUCCCAUAGCCCCCAGAAUGGACCAAGCUCAAAUACGUUCCUCAUCUUUCACUGAGGCUUCCAAUUCAAUCAGAGCAUGCGUCAUAUGCGCCCAGCAUUCCUUUGGUGUUAAAGGCAGCUCAGGAGUUUGGAAAAGGCCAAGCUCUUCUAGUGGACGGCUUUAUACUGGAUCAAGUGGACCAGAAUCACUUACCAACCAUUAAGUUCAUUGAUUUCAACGACACUGUGGUCCUUAACAUCGAGCUGGAACCGAGUUACGCCAAGAUGUUUAUUCACAGUGACCUGAGGCCGACAACCGAAGCUCAAACCUCCGUUGUGGUGGAUUAUGGAAAGCCGUUUUUCAUGAAUGUUGAGUAUGUUCCCAGUCAGUUCCACUUCAGGAUCGAGUUUAACGGGGAGCUUGCCCAUGUGUUCAACUUACCUGAUGACAUCCCGGACUUGGAAUUCCAAGAAAUCAGGGCUCAGGGAGAUCAAAGUAUCACGUUCAUUGGCUUUGCUCCACCGGGUAGGUUGAGAGGCUUCCGAACUGUUGAAAAAGAUUAUUCACAAAGAGGGAUCAAGGUUGUUUUCCGAAUUGAGCUUGCCCAUUUAAAGCGUCUUGCGGCAUCGAAAAUGAACAUUUAACGGUAAAAAAACUAGUAAAAAAGAGAGAACAAAUAAAACUUUCAAGCAUACAAAAACACUACUGAAUACGUAAAACAUUUCAACCUGACUAGCAAAUUGUCACUUUGUUCUUCUUAUUUAUUUUCAAAAGUAACCAGUUUCGAUUACUGUACAUCAUCAGUUGAAUAGUUCACCUUACUUGCAUUGGUGUAAACAAACUUGUCAUUUCUUGAAGAUUCAAAACGUGCUAUUUUUACCCUCAGUUAGCAAAUAUUGAAGCCCGGAGAAAACACAGACUUAAAGCACCAAAUAAAGCUUCUUAAUGAAUUAGUCUUUCCCAUUUCCAAAGUGCAUGAUAAAUUAGGAGUUACAUCUUUUUACAAAUAGGAUUUCAUAUUUCAUGAUUUCAUUAAUAAAUGCGUUGGAAAUGCGCCCAAUUUGUGUAGGUACUAAUCCUGCUGUUCCCGUUGGAACUGAGCUUUGGUUUCGUUGUCCUGAGUUCCACGUGUUUAGUCACGACUGGUACCACAACCCACAAGUGAGGAUCACAUGUCAGGAAAAUGGAUUGUUCAGUCUUCCUGAAACUUGGCCCGAGUGUGUGUACCGUAAGUUAUCAAAGAAUGGAUCGAGUUCCUAGAUACAAGUGUCCAUUAUUGUAUGUCCCAUGUCUCUUUCUAAACGGUUGAUUUGAUUAUUUAUGCUUUUAAGCGGCCACAACUGAAUCCGGACGAAUUGAUGGAGUAUCAAAUGGAUGCAAUGGCACCCUUUGCGGAGGUAUUUUCCCAGGUGAGACAACAAAAUUUGCUUCUGACCUUUGCAGGAGUCGUUUAGAUGUAAUAUUAUCAAGCAUCUAAUGGAAUUCGAACACACGUUUAUUCGAAAUGUUGGUAAAAUAUCAAUAAUAAUCGUUGCCAACGGAAUUUGUGGCGUCAUUGUUGUAGUUCUUGUCGAAGUAGUUGUUGUUGAUGUCGUUCACUUAAUAUCUAUAUCAAUGAUGCGGAUAAGCAGCAGUUCAUAAUUAGUAUACGUCCGUAAUUUUUAUGUACCGUAAAGAUUGUAAAAUGAUCCGGAAAUAAAGCUCGGCACUUGAUUGCUUUGAAGUUGCC